AUGCUAAAAAAUGUCAUCACCAGAACAAGCCAUUCAAACAACAAUAAGACUCAACUAUUGGAUGAGAUGCUUGCUCUUCCACCCAAACAAGCUUCUUCCGGACUUUCUAUUACAAAUCAACAACCACCAGAAAUUAAUAACAUCAACAAAUUACCAGAGCAACCUACCAUCCAAUAUCGACUCGAGUUUGAUGAAUUAUCGGAACGCAAAGAAAAGAGAUUGAAAGAUAUUCUGAGAAAUGAUGAAUAUCAAUUUAAUUAUCCUCUUUAUAAUUUCGACCAAAAGAAUUAUAGACGAAUUCCAUACCUAGAUCCAAGAUUUGUUGCAUUUAAACAACAUGUGGAAGAAGGUUUUGCUAUGAAACUUGCCAAACACAGACAAAUAGCAGACAAUCAUAAAAUACCACUCAUAUUAUCUUCUUUAAUAUCUUCAACACUUCUUUGGAAGAAACCAAAAGAGAAAAUAACGAAUUAUAUGCUUUUCAUUACUGGAACACUUGGAUUUAGUUAUUUAUAUUUUCAUAAUUUAGCCUAUGGUGAUAUGAUCAACAGAGUGAAUAUUGAGGCUCAUAGAAUAUUACAUCAUGAACAAAAGACAUUUGGAAUGAGUGAUCAACAAUUGAAAGUAGCAGCUGAACGAAUUGACAAACAAAUUGAUAAGGAAAUGAAAGAAAGAGAAGGAUUAGUAGAAAAUGAUGAAAACGACAGUGAAUGA